AUGUUUCUACACUUCCCUAUGCUGACGAUGCAUACCUGCCGAGGAGCUUUCAAUCAGCCGAAAGUUCAGAUGGUUAUGGUUCUCUGUUGGAGCAUUCGCAGCGCUUUUUGCGUCGUUGAGAUCUCCAUGUAUCUAACACAUCUUCUCUAUGGAGAUUAUAAUGACACUUUCUGGAAAAAUAAAUCAUUGGCGAACGAAUGCUCGACUCAUGCAUAUCAAAACAGUUCAAGAUCUAAUAGACUUUUAUGA